CCUUGGCCCAUUCCCCAUCUGUAUUCUCCCACCUGCCUGCCAUGUGGGGCCUCAAUGGCACCCCCUUCCAGCCAGCCACACUCCAGCUGGCAGGCAUUCCUGGGAUACAGACAGAUGUAGCGUGGGUUGCCCUGAUUUUCUGCAUCCUCUACCUGAUCUCCAUCGUAGGCAACCUCAGCAUCCUCACUCUGGUAUUUUGGGAGCCUGCUCUGCACCAGCCCGUGUACUACUUCCUCUCUAUGCUCUCUCUCAAUGACCUGGGAGUGUCCCUUUCUACACUUCCCACAGUGCUUGCCACCUUCUGCUUCAACUACCACCAUGUUGGCUUCGACGCCUGCCUGGUCCAGAUGUUCUUCAUUCACACUUUCUCUUUCAUGGAAUCAGGCAUACUGCUGGCCAUGAGCUUUGAUCGUUUUGUGGCUAUUUGUAACCCACUACGUUAUGCCACCGUGCUCACCAAUAGUCGCAUCUUGGCUAUGGGCCCGGGCAUCCUUACCAAGAGUUUCACCAUUCUCUUUCCUUUCCCCUUUCUGGUGAAACGACUGCCCUUCUGCAAAGGUAAUGUUUUGCAUCACUCCUACUGCCUCCAUCCAGAUCUCAUGAAAGUGGCAUGUGGAGACAUCCAUGUCAACAAUAUCUAUGGGCUCUUUGUGGUCAUUUUCACCUAUGGUGUGGACUCAACUUUCAUCCUGCUUUCCUAUGCUUUGAUCCUGAGAGCCGUGCUGGCCAUUGCAUCCCAGGAGCAGCGGCUCAAAGCACUCAACACCUGCUUGUCACACAUCUGUGCAGUGCUGGCCUUUUAUGUGCCCAUCAUUGCUGUCUCCAUGAUCCACCGCUUCUGGAAAAGUGCCCCACCUGUUGUUCAUGUCGUGAUGUCCAAUGUCUACCUAUUCGUACCCCCUGUGCUCAACCCCAUCAUCUACAGUGUGAAGACCAAGGAGAUCCGCAAAGGAAUCCUCAAGAUCUUUCAUAAAUCCCAAGCCUGAGGAAAGCUGCAAACCCUGAGAGAG